UCACAAAACAUUGCUGGGAAGCACAUACAUAGGCUUUUUACAUUUGAUAAGAAAACCUUUUCAUCUACAACGAAGUACACCCGAACCUGGAAUGGAAUUCAGCAAGAUGUAACAGGGAGAGUAAAGCGAAAACUAGCUUAUGAGGAAACUAUUUUUGGUGUUAAUAUAAUCGCAAAUACAAAAAUGAAUGAUGGCACAAAUGGUUGGUUCUCACUCGAAAACUGUACAAUGAGUGUUCAAAAAGGCUUACCACAUAUAAUGCCUCCAAUGGCUAGACACUCUCUUGCAGCUCAUGAGCCUUUAAGUGGAUGCCAUAUUUUGGUGACUGAUCGUACUCAAAAAUGGAUGGGCCCUACUCAGAUGAUCACAGAUAAAAUAAAACUCUAUUUGACAUAUCAAGUAUUUGCAUGGGUUAAAAUUGGACAAGCAUCGGGACCUCAAAAUGUAAGUGUUGCCCUUGGAGUAGACAGUCAAUGGGUGAAUGGGGGCCAAGUUGAGAUCAAUGAUGAUAGAUGGCAUAAAAUUGGAGGAUCUUUUAGAAUUAAGAAGCAGGCAACUAAGGUUAUGGUUUAUAUUCAGGGUCCUGCUGCUGGUGUAGACUUAAUGGUUGUUGGGCUUCAAAUUUUUUCUAUUGACAGAAGUGCAUGGUUUAGACACCUGAAGAGGUGUCCAAAAUGAAGAAGGAGAUGAAGAAAAAAGUGAUGAAGUAAUUGACCUUGAGAAAUUUUUUGAAUUGUUGAUAGAUGCUUUAUUAUCGAUCUUUUUGAUAUUGAAUUUUGUGAAACUUACCGGUCGAACUUGAUACUAUAUAUGGGAAAACUAAUGAUCAUUUUACUUAAACAUUUUACUUUUGGGUUUA